AUGGCGUACGUGCAGCGCAUCUUCAAACUAAGCCUAAAAAAACUGAAAUCACUCCCAAGACAAGCAUCAUCAUCAUCAUCAUCAUCAUCGAAGUGUGCAGAGGAAGUGAUGGACCCCAAAAAAACCUCCGAGAUCAUCGAGAAAAUCAGCGCCAAUUGGAUAUCGUACGGAUUUGAUAGGAAGGACGAACGAACCGAUCGUAUAGAAACCAAUCUCAGCUUCUUCUUUUGCGUUACGUUAGGACUGGUUUGCACAGUUUACGGUUUCAUGUAUGCGCCCGACGUCAAAUUGAAGUCGUGGGCGCAGCGCGAGGCGUUUAUCCAGCUUAGGCGUCGCGAGGCGAAAUGUUUAAAACCGAUCGAUUGCAACUUGGUCGAUCCUUCAAAGUUUACCCUCCCCAGUGAAGAUCAGCUGUGUGAUGUUGAGGUGAUCAUAUGAAUUUGUAAUUACUAACUUUUGGAAUAAAUGGUAUUGUUAAUAAUCGCUCACAUCCCCAUUCAUGAGAGACCCUUCUCCUCCAAAUUAGAUGUGUUGACAUUCCAGACUUUAAUUAAAUGCUAAUGUUUUCGCAUUGCGUGCCCGGGCUGAUGUGUACUCGAAUUUGUGCGCGCCAUAAUUAGACUGGACGUACAUUGUAAUUAUUUUAUGGAAAUAUUCCAUAAGAGGGAAUCAUCGGACGUCCACUGUACGUACACUUUUGCUACAUGGGACGUCGUAACCUAAAAUGGAUCAAAUAUGGACGUCCAGUGAAAGGACUGUGUUGUGUGGGAUAUGAUGCUGGCCCUACCGUACCUAUUCAUAUUGUCUUUGCCAAGGACAAGAGACCUUCAAUGAUCUAAUGCCACUCCAGAAACCAGUCAGGAAGGUCAGAGAUUAGGCGGGACAUCAAAAAGGGCAAAAAGAAAACACUAACUCCUAAUAUAACUUUGGUUUACUUCAGCUAUCACAACUUACCUACAACAUUAAAACUUAUCUAAGAUUGUUACAAACUUGUAGGGAAAAUUAAA